UUUUUUUAUAAAAGAACAGUAGGCCUAGUCUAGGUGAAUUCCGGAGCGAUAUUUUUCUCCGAGCCAGUAAAAUAGAGGUCUUCAGAGUCAUUCACUCAAAGAUACAGGGGAAUAAAGAUGAACGCCACCAGUUGAAUGGGCCUAAUGACCAGCAGCGCCGAGCAGCGCAGAGUUGAGAGUCUCAUCAGCACCAGUCUGAGCGACCAAUCACAGCGCUCCCCCACUGGCGGACCUCCGUGAGGCCAGUCGCAGUUAGGCGGUGUAACCUAUCUCGCUUGGAAAUUAUGAAGGGAACCAGCUUCAGUCGAUUCCAGAUGGAGAAAAGUUGAAUUGGGGGAUUUUUUUGGUGACGCGCUUGUCAUUUUGAGCACCUGAAUUACUGCGUGUUCUGCGGGAUAGUUGCAUUGUAACUUGAGCUGUAAAACAAACGAAUUUUUCCGUUGUGUAUAGUUGAAUCGCCUUGUCACAUGUAGGCUACUAUCAGAAAAUCUCAGAACAUCUCCUCGGGACCGACUCUCUCUCUUUCUCCUGCUCGCGUUUUUUUCCCCUCUUUCUGUCGUGAUGAUGGAUUAUUAAUAGUCUGAUGGAGACACUUCAACACCGAUUGAGAUAUGCAGCACUUGUGAAAAACAGCAUAUAAAACAGGUGGCAGAUCCAGCAACAGUUCACGCUGUCCUGAUCCUCCUCUGCCACAAUAACAGGCUGCCAUCUGAGAAACGCUGAGAUACAGUGCGCAGGCUCUACAAGCGCUGUUCUCCAGCAUUAAACCCCAGAGCAACGCACAGCAGACACUCUGGCCGACACAUUACAGGUUUGUCGACGUGUAAACCCAAAGACAAUUCUGGAAAUCAAGCAGGACAUAAAGAAACGACAGAAAAACACUUUUGGAACAGUAGUCAGUGGGAGAGCUGCUGCCUUUGUGUCUUGUUUUUUACUCAGCUGAACUCUCCUCAGAAGGUCAGAGGAGCAUGUAACUGAAACAAGUGGAGCCCUCGGUGAUUUCAGCAUUCUGUCUCCCCCAUCUGUGCCUACAUUCUCCGCUACAGAUAGGGACGUUUCUGAUAAUUACAUAUAAUUAUAAUUUCUGUGGGAGACAGAUCUGCCUCUGUCUAUUAUUGCCAACACCUCCAACACAAUUACUUCACACAUUUACAUAUUUCUCAACAAAAGUGAUAUUCUUUGAACCUCAGAGACAAAUCAGGAAUAAUUUUACUUAGAUAGACAUGUCACAUGGAGACGCAAUGUGCCAUUCAGUUCAUAUCUAAUUAUUAGUGAUACGGUUGAAUGACACGGGUAACUUUUUGUGCCUAAAAGCUGAAUAGAAAGCAUUUAAAAUAUCUGUGACACUGCAGAUUAUUCUGCAGUACCUUUCACAGACUGGGAGUCGUUUCCUUGGUUUAUGCUUACUCCUAAUUUUCAGCUGUUACAGUCUUCUAGCACUUAAGCUGAGCCUCCCUCAUUAUCACCCCUCCGCCCAAUCACAGUAACAGUCCGUGCCAGCCAGGCGACUACGGAUGCACAUUAAUCCAACCAUAGAAAAGAUUGAGAUCAAGUACAGUGUAUCUAUAGAUGUGACGAGUUCAUGCCUAACAAGUUAAAAUGGAGUUACAUCCCCACUCCAGAGAAAAUUGGCAUCAUUAAUAGACAGUUUUCAUCAGUGGUGCAGUCUGUUAAUCCCAUUUGAUUGUUUACAAUGUUGAUAAACACAAAAUAUAUGAAAAGAAAUAUAAAUGUCAUACUAAUUUCCAGAAAAGAAUUGCUUACAGUUUAAACAAGUGCCAAUUUUGAAUGUAUGUUGUGUCAUAAACUAAAAUAGUAUAAAACAGAUUCAACAGUUUACAUUUGAUACAUCACUGGCCAUAGACCAUAUUGUUGAAGUGCCAUGCUCAGCAUAGGAAUGUAUAGGACUGCAGUAUUUUAUUGAAAAUCCAUGCUACUCAUUUUUACUGGCCUUUGUGUGUACACAAAUUAAUUCCUUCCAGCGGCAUGUCAGAUAUUUGUUCUUUUGUUAAGUGGGAAGUGUAGAACAAGGCAUUAAGAACUAAAAGCAUGAAGAUUGCUAUUUUCAGUUUGUCCUUUUUACAAAGCUGCAUCCAUUCUAGGGUUCUACUUGAGAGGGCAAAAGAUGAAGUCAUCACACAUUCAGAGUUCCUUUCUAGCAGUAAAUUAAAACCCCUUUAAUACCAUUAUCGAAAAUCAUUGAAACCUAUCAACUAUUUUUAAUAGUGUUAGACCUUUUCAUUUGUAUUGUUCCAGACCUUUUCUAAUAUUACACCGUAUGAAUACUCAGCUUCUGACAAAACAAAAAAUCAGGUUUCAAAUUUCAUCCUCCAACAUGACUGAAUGAAACUACUGAUACAUCAUCAAUAUCCAGUAGGUUAUACAUGUUCCUUGAAUAUUUCACAUGACAUUUUAGUAGGUUAAAUUGCAGAAGCGGAUACAGUGUUGCAAUUGCAUUGACUCAACAACAGAAAAUAGAUCUCUUAGUCAUGUAAAAAUGACGCCCACCACCAAUCUCAGAGUCCUCGCUGUCUACCUGCUCUCCCUCCUUACUGCCCCACUCACCGCUGUUGUGGAGACCUCUCCGUCCCCCCCUCCUCAGCAAACGGAGCGCUCAGUAAAGCCUUUGAAUGAGCAGCCCAAGCCUGGUCCCAGCCCCCCUGUCCUGCUCCUCGCCAUGCAGGCCAAUAUCAGGCCAGCUGCUCUCCAAGGCAGGACCAAAACUCCUGAGAAACUUCCAGAAACCUCAGAGGGAGUUCUGGAGGCGCCUCCGAGAGCCCUUCCCCAGGUCAUGUUUCCCAAGAAUGUGACGUCAUCAGAGGCCCUUGCAUCUCCCUUAGCCGCCGCCCAGGUAGCGCCCAUUCGACCCCGCAUGAUAGACAUAUGGAUUGAUGUAUGUCGGGGUUACUAUGACGUAAUGGGACACUUUGACAGCGCUUUCAACUGCUCCAAGGACACCUUCAUCUUUUGCUGUGGAACCUGCCACUACCGUUUCUGCUGUCCAGAGCGUAGCCGGCAACUGGAGCAGGACAGCUGUAAAAACUAUUACUCUCCAGACUGGGCCAAGCCACAGACAGACGCCAUGAUAUUACCAGAGGAAUUAGGUAAUGACCCAGACUUUGAUCCACUGAAGCAGCAGAGCCACAACACGGGCUUUGUCAUUGGGGGCGUGAUUGUGUUCAUGGUGGCUGUCGCUGUGGGCAUUAAGGUAGUCUUCAACAAGGUGCAACAGGAAGCCAACCAAAGGGACCUCAACAUGCCCAGAGCCCUGGUUGACAUGUUGCGGCACCAGUCGAGCCCAGUCCAGCAGGAUGAGAGAAACAACAGCGUGGCUCUGGCUGUAGGGGAUGGACAGGGGACACUUGGGAGACCUCCAAAAAAUCUUUAUGCCCCAGGACUGCCCAGCAAGGACAACAGAUUGGGCAAUUUGCAACACAAUUUCAUCCACUCUUCAGGCACCAGCCCCAAACACACCGCAACUAUCGAACGCACUCCUCGAAUGAACAAUGCUCAGCUGGCAGCUGGAGGCACCCUGCUUUCCAGUAAACACAACAACACCAAAUCCCAGCCUGCCUUUCACCACUCCCUGCACAACCUGGCUCAGCUGCCGCCCUCCUAUGAGAGUGCCACCAAGCCUGAGCUCAACCGAUACUCCUCACUCAAACGCCUCGAGAAAGGUCUUGAUGAGUACUCCUCUGGUUACUGCACCACCAAGCGCCGUCCUCACACAGCCCAGCCGGCCCUCCAGUCCUCUCAGCACCACCUACAUUGGGGUGGAGACUACACCCUCAGUGGCAGAGGAACUCUCCCCAGGCAUGCAGUUCGUCCUUGGAUCCCACCGCCGCCUUCUGGCAUGCCUGCCUCACCCACCCCGAAUCCUUACCCUCUGGAUCCCCCGGAGCCCCAGUACAACCCCAAUUACGAGACUCUCUCCAAGCCAAGGAAAGUUAAAUCCACUGACCAGCUGCUCAACAUGGGUGACGUCCCUGGCAACACGGGGACAUUGUCUAGGUUGUCCAAGAACCAGCAACACCAGUACUAUAAAGCCAUGGCUGCCUCCAAUAAGAACUCCAACACGCAGACCCUCACCAGGAAGACCCAGGACAGGCAAGAAAGGCAGGACAGGCAGGAGAGGCAGGACAGGCAAGACAGACAGGAACGGCUGCUCAUGUCCCCGGAUCAUUUGGAGGAAAGGAUGGGGGUCGGCGGGAUGGGGGUUGUAGAUCCAUACGCCCACACAGGAGGGGCUGUCCCCACGCUGCCUCGCCAGCAGAAGGCCCAGUCCCAGCAGAACGUCUGCGCCACGCCCUCCCUCGACCGACACCACAUGAUCAAGAUGAACUCUCACCCCACUUCCGGACGAGAGCAGGAGAGGAGCACGGCCAUGACAGGGCACAUGAGCGGGGGCAUGGGCUGGGCAGGGGAAGCUCCUGGGGCGGGGGUAGUCAUGGGAACGGGAACACUAGGGGGCCACAGCGCUAGGAGGAUGGCUUUUGCAGCGAAAAGGCAGAACACCAUUGAGCAGCUACAUUUCAUACCAGGAGGGGGCGGUGGGGGGUCAACAGGAAGUGGAGGAGGGAGUCAGGGGAUCAGGACGGGGAGCAAAAAUGAGGUGACAGUGUGAGGCUUGUGCCCGAGUUUACCCCUCAUCAAAGGUAUGGGAUCAGAUCACCCUUCUGCAUAUAACUAUUAGAUUUACAAGAUUAGAUAUACAACUACAAUAAAUACAACUAGAAGUAUAAAGUAUAGUAACAGUAUAAUGUGUUUAGGCUAUUGAAAUUAGUGUAAUCUUGUAAUUAAAUAGCUUAAAUAUGAUUGCUUAAUUAAAAAGAUCUAGGUAGGGAAUACCUGUUCCAAUUAUGUGAUAGCCUACAUCAGCCAUAUUUUGUAACACAAUUUGCCAUAUUGCCAUAUACAGCGGUGCCAUUACUUGUAGAAAGAGUGACUGGAAGGGUGAAAAUAAAACCAACAGAAGUAUUGUUCAUAAUUUUGUUUUUAUAUAUGUUUUUCAAAAAGUACUCAGGAGCCAUAUUAGAUAGGGAAUAAAACGAUAUAUAUACAUACAUAUAUAUAAAGGUCGAGGAAGAGGAGGACCACGUGGAAUAUUGCAUCACAGAAUUGAAUAGAGAAUUGAGCCAACUACCUGCUGGACUGUCAACCUGCUCAGCUCUCGUCAACAAUGAUUUCUUAAACUGAACCUCAUGGGUGAGAAGCCCGGUGGACCAGAUGAGUGUGAAUGAACCGUGUGCCUGGUGAGGGAUUUUGGAGAUCUGACACUCAACCUCAUCCUGACACAGGGAGACAGAACUGUUUUUUGUUGCUUCCGAUGUAAAUGAGCGGACAAGGUGGAGGCUGUUUCUGACUGGGACACAGCACCCUGACACUGUUGGCAGUUCUCCUGCGCCCGAUUUAAACCGCGGACGUACCCACAUCACCAACUGACGCCUGGGUUGCCUAGUUUUCCAUGUGACCUUAGAUCAAAUCCCCAGAGCGACUCACUCUCUGCUCACUGUUACACUACAAGAGUGUAAAUGGAUGUUAUAUUACGUUCCGUUCCCAUAGAUCAGGAACUAACUGUAAAAACAAUGGGCUACCAAAUAAAAUAGAGCCAUCUGUCACGUUAUUACAAAAAUAUCUUGACACAAACAUAGACUAGUGAAGAGACGCAUGUGUUCAGUUUACCAGGCAACUUGCUUAAAUGCAGGCUGUGAAAGAAGAGCAAAGAUUUUUCUACAGAGCACAAAUUAAUAGGCCGUGACGCAGAGGUUGCACUUACACAACUGUCCUUCAAAGCCAUUUAUGGAGACACAAAGAGUAUACCACAGAGGAAGCUGGUCUGACAAUCACCAUUUUAUUAUUCUCACCAGAUGAAAAGUUAAACAAGUCAGUGAUAUUUUGUACAGUCAAAGAAUUGGCUUCAGAGCAAGCCAAAACAACAUCUCUGAGUCAGGGGAGAGGGCGACCUGAGGCCUUCUCCUGCGUGGCUCCAAACGCCGUAAGAGACUCGGAUGUUUAGGAAGCCCUCCCCAUCCUCAAGACGAAGACCUUGCUGUAUCAUAACGCACUUAAGCCAGUAUGAGUAUAAAAAAGAUGUUAAAAAAAAAUA